AGUGCAUUUAUCUAAACCAUAAACAGUACAACUAGCACAAGAAUAAUGACAAGCCACUAAUUAUUAUAAAGAAAUAGAAUUUACAAUAACAUAAUGGAAUCUUAUAACCAGGGUCAUAAUAGGCUUAGUCACAAACACAUUUAUUAUCAAGUGUCAAAUGUCUAUGAUCCGCAGAGGAACAUGAAAUACAAUCGGUUUAAAGCUGUCCUUUACAACUCAAACAUGAAUAAUGGCAUUCUAUUAUUAUCUUUGAAAUCUAGUACUAAAGCAAAUAUCUAAGGUUCCAUCUUCUCCAUAUCCAUCUUAACAAACACAUUUCAAAUCACUAGAUACAACUCUAUUUUGACCAUCAAUACACAUAGUACAAUAUUAAUUUGUUGUAUUAUCUUAUGGUUUAGAACAUUUCUCACACAUAGGAUGACAAGCUAUUUAAAUGAUUAAUUUUUUACGUUUACAAAUGCUAUUUCCGUCAGAUUGAAUUUACAAUAAUGUUCUUUCAAAACAAAAGCAUCUUCCUUUAUCAAAGUAUUUAAAAUAAAUGCUAGGGUCUCCACAUUCAGUACAAUCAUUUUCAUAAGGCCCUUAACAAUUAUAACAAUAAAGAUAGCAUUCUAAUUUAGAUUUAAACAUACUUUAACAUAUAUAAUCAGGUUUACCAGACUCAUAAUACCCUUAUUUACAAUUACAUUAAGAACCGACAAGUAUUCUAUUAGUCGUUGGCUUACAGGAUGUGCAUUCAUAAUAACUUGAACCACAAGUUAAGCAUAAUCCGUCUGAACAUUUUCCACAUCCACCAUCCUUAUCAAUAUAACCAUGAACAUAGUCGCAAACACAUUACCCUGGUAUGAUAGUUGAAGUUUGAAAUUUAUCCCUCAAAAAACAAGUUGUACAGUAACUAGGAUCAGUGUAAAG